ACAAAUUAAGAUGAAAAAAGAUUGAUUGCAGGAGAGGGAUUUGAACCUACCUCUGGUCUGCAAAUUUAAUGCAGCCUUUAGCACCACUAAAAGUGGCAAUUAAAAAUGUUUUCAUUGUAUAAGUCAACUUCCUAUCAUCACCACCAAAAUAAAAGACUACUAUUUUGAAGCAAUUUUAUCACAAUUUUAGUCACUAAGAGUGGUUUUUUAUUGUGACUGCAAUGCAUAAAUGCUGUGUGUGAGGCUGUCCCACAGCCAAUUUUUCUGUAGCUCGUGGAGUUUCAUGUAUAGCUUUGCCCUGCACUUUAUUUUUCCUCUUGAAUCCAUUUUAAGGCGUGCACUUUCAAUCAAACAGGAAAAAGAAAAGGAAAGUGGUGAACGAUAAUGAGCACAUCAAACCCAAGUCACCAACUUCUUUUGUAAGUCCCAUACUCUUCUUUCAAAAUUUCCUCUAUAAGAUACUCCCGUAAGUUGCUCUCAUCUUCUAUUGGGUUGAAGAACAUAGGCAGAUAGUAUGAUCUUGAGAAGAUCCUUGCUGUUGCUAGCCUUAAUGGCUACAUUAUCAUCUGUUGCUGCAAGUGAUAAACAGACAUAUGUAAUUCAUAUGGAUAAAACCAAGAUUCCAGCCUCAUAUCACUCUCCAGGGAAUUCCAAAAAAUGGUAUGAAGCAAUGAUAAAUUCUGUGACACAAUUUUCAUCUCAAGAACAAGAAGAAAAAGAAGAAACAGAAUCUCCUCAGCUUCUUUAUGUGUAUGAAACAGUGAUGUCCGGUUUUUCUGCAAAGCUCUCUAAAGAACAAGUAAAAGCCUUGAGCAAAACCAAUGGCUUUAUCUCUGCCAUUCCUGAUGAAAUGCUUACGCUCCACACCACACAUUCCCCUCAGUUUCUUGGACUUGAAAAUGGUAAAGGACUUUGGAGUCCUCCAAGCUUGGCUUCAGAUGUGAUAAUUGGGGUUCUUGAUACUGGAAUCUGGCCGGAGCAUGUUAGUUUCCAGGACACAGGCUUAUCUGCAGUGCCUUCUAAGUGGAAAGGCAUAUGCGAAACUGGCACCAAAUUUUCAUCUUCUAAUUGCAACAGGAAGAUUAUUGGUGCAAGAGCCUUCUUCAAAGGAUACGAGUCUGUUGUAGGAAGAAUAAAUGAAACAGUUGAUUAUCGAUCCCCUCGAGACUCACAAGGCCAUGGAACACACACUGCAUCAACUGCUGGCGGCAAUCUUAUAUAUAAUGCAAGUUUUUUUGGCUUAGCAAAUGGUGCAGCGGCUGGAAUGAAGUAUACAGCAAGAAUUGCAGUUUAUAAAGUCUGCUGGCCGUUAGGCUGCACUAAUACUGAUCUUUUGGCAGCUAUAGACCAAGCUGUUAAUGAUGGUGUUGAUGUGCUAUCACUCUCUUUAGGAGGUACUGCCAAGCCUUUUUAUGCUGAUAAUGUUGCUAUAGCCUCAUUUGGGGCAACCCAAAAUGGGGUUUUUGUUUCUUGUUCUGCAGGCAAUUCUGGCCCUUCUAGAUCAACUGUAGACAACACUGCACCUUGGAUCAUGACAGUUGCUGCUAGCUACACUGAUCGAAGCUUUCCAACAACUGUCAAGCUUGGAAAUGGGCAAACUUUUGUUGGAUCAUCUCUGUAUUCUGGCAAAUCAACCAAGCAAUUAGUAAUUGCAUAUGGAGAAACAGCAGGGAGCCAAUCAGCCAAGUACUGCGUUCGAGGUUCACUCAAAAAGACGCUAGUGAAAGGUAAAAUAGUCAUCUGUGAAAGAGGAAUGAUUGGCAGAACCGCGAAAGGAGAGCAAGUGAAAUUAGCAGGAGGAGCAGGAAUGAUAAUAGUCAACACUGAAAAUCAAGGAGAAGAGUUUUUUGCUGAUCCCCAUAUUUUACCUGCCACUUCUUUAGGAGCAUCAGCAGGAAAAGCUAUCAAAUUUUAUGUAAACUCAACUAGACAACCUACUGCUUCAAUUUCUUUCAGAGGAACAACUUAUGGUAAUCCUGCACCAGUAAUGGCUGCAUUUUCAUCCAGAGGGCCUAGUGCAGUCGGACCAGAUGUGAUAAAGCCGGAUGUGACUGCACCAGGAGUCAACAUUUUAGCAGCCUGGUCACCUGUUAGCAGCCCAUCUUUGCUCAAGAGUGAUAAGAGAAGUGUAAUGUUCAAUAUAAUUUCAGGAACAUCAAUGUCAUGCCCUCAUGUUAGUGGCCUAGCUGCACUUCUCAAGUCAGUCCACAAAGAUUGGUCACCUGCAGCAAUCAAAUCAGCAAUAAUGACCUCAGCUUAUGUUGUGGAUAACAGAAAUGCUCCAGUUGCUGAUUUUGGGGCUAAUAACUCCGCAUCAGCUACGCCUUUUGUGUUAGGUUCAGGGCAUGUUGACCCUGAAAAAGCUGCUGAUCCAGGACUAAUAUACAAUAUUACCACAGAAGAUUAUCUAAACUAUUUGUGCAGCCUUAGUUACACAUCUGCUCAGAUAACUCAAGUGUCGAGGAGGAGAUUCAGCUGUCCUAACAACACAAUUCUUCAGCCUGGGCACCUGAAUUACCCUUCUUUUGCUGUAAAUUUUGAAGGUAAUGCUCAAAAUAUCACCAGGACACACAAGAGAAGAGUAACAAAUGUAGGACCAUCUUUGAUUACUUAUGUUGUACAAGUUGAGGAACCUAAUGGAGUAUCAAUAAUCAUCGAGCCUAAGAUUUUGAGUUUUCGAAAACUGAGAGAAGAAUUGAGUUACAAUGUAACUUUCGUAUCAUUGGGAGUAAGAGACACCAGAGAAAGUCACUCCUUUGGAUCUUUGGUUUGGGUGUCAGGGAAGUAUAAGGUGAGAAGCCCCAUAGCUAUAAGUUGGCAAUAGCUUUGAGAUUGGCCAAGUAUGUAGGUGCAGGCCAAGUAUGUAGGUGCAGACCAAGCAGAAAAUGUUUUAGCAGUAGACAUUGCCUAAAUCACAUUCUGUGUAAUGUUGGAAAAUUUCAUGGCAGCUCAUUUUUAUAUUUGCUAAAGAAAAAAAAUAAAAAGAAACUCUCUUUAAAUGUUUGAAAACAAUUGUCUGGUCAGUCAAGUGACUUGGAAAGUGAAAGAAACCAAAUUAAAACAGCA